AAAGGGCUGGAAAAUGUCGUUUCAUUUUCCCCAUUUUCUCCUUUCCGGAGCCGGGAAGCAGAAGUCGAUAUGGGCAAUUGACAUUUGGCGAAAAGAGGAUAAUGAGCCUAGAAUAUUGAAUGACAUCCAACUAGGGUAUGCCCCGUCGCAGUAUACCGGUGCACACGAGCAAGGGGUGAAUAUCAUGGUACUCCUUCGAGAGAACUUCAUUCAACUUCAGUAUGUCGGUCUCUGGCGGCCACCUUGCUGGCCACCCAACGACAUCAGAUCGCGAGUUUAUUGGUUCUAUACAAUGUAUAUACUAAUUAUAAUUCAUUGUUUCACGCUGUCUGAGGCUCUUAGUUUGUUCACUGUCAUCGAGAGCAUUGAGGACUUCUCGGACAAUUGUUUUAUGUUACUGACAGUGCUCGCUAUAUGUGUUAAAUCAGUGGUGACACUUGCCAGGAGAUCAGAGAUUAUAGAUAUUCUCACAGCACUUGAUACGUAUCCAUUUAAGCCGAUGAACAUUGAUGAAGAGAGGAUUCAGGAAUAUUUCAAUAAGCGAAUUAGAGUCUUUACGUACUUGUAUGGUGGAACCGUAGAAUUUUCCGUAUGGAUCAUGAGUAUUUCUGCUUUCUUCCAAGGAAUACCUUUUGGUGUCUUGCCUUAUAAAGCCUGGUUACCGUAUGAUUAUUCAAAAUCAACUGUUUAUUGGUUUACAUUUUGUGCGCAACUGGUCAUUGUCAUUACUGUAGCGAAUAUUUGCAUUGGUUGUGAUACCGUAAUGCCUGGAUUUUAUACAAUAGUCAGCGCUCAGUUUAACAUUUUGAGGUGUCGAUUGGAAAAGGUCAUCGAUGCAUUUGAUGCUGAAUGUGCAUUGAAACCGCGGGAGAUGAUUUCCAUCCAUCGAGAACGUUGUGAAAAACGAAUCAUCACUUGUGUUCAGUAUCAUAGAGCUAUUAUUGAAAUUUCUCAGAAAAUAAAUUCCAUCACAAGCAGUAUAAUUUUCGUCCAGUACCUGGCAAGUUCUAUCAUCAUAUGUCUGAUUAUCUUCAUACUAUCGCAAAUGCCACUUUUUUCAUCUCAGUUUCUCUAUUUUGCUGUGUAUCUGACGUGUAUGCUGUUUCAAAUUUUCUUGUUCUGCGCUUCAGCAAACGAAGCAACUACCGAAGUAAUAAAAUCAUCACACGACCCUGAAAAAAAAACAACAUUGAAGAAUUUAUUGGUUUCCUUUUCUAGUGCGAAAACUUGA